UGAGCAGCAGAAAGGAAACACAAGGAAUCAUAUCGGAUAUUUGACAAUGUUUGGCCUGAGGAUACACAGGUAACCAUUUGUACGGCACAGAUUCGGACGGAAAGAACCCGGAAGCAGCAGCAAAGCGUGUAUUGAUAUCCAGACCAUGAACUAUGUGGGUCAGCUGGCGGGCCAGGUGUUUGUGCAGGUCAAGGAGCUGUACAGAGGCCUCAACCCUGCCACGCUGUCCGGCUGUAUCGAUGUGAUCGUAGUGCGGCAGCCCGAUGGCUCCCUGCAGUGCUCUCCCUUUCACGUGCGCUUCGGCAAGAUGGGCGUCCUGCGCUCGCGGGAGAAAUUGGUGGACAUUGAGAUCAAUGGAGAACCAGUGAGUUUGCACAUGAAACUUGGGGAGAAUGGAGAGGCCUUCUUUGUUAAAGAAGCUGAGAGCACAUUGGAAGUUGUUCCGGCCUACCUGGCGACGUCACCCAUCCUGUCGACCGGAGCGGAGUUAAUGGAAUCCCAGCUGAGCAGGAAUAGUGCGCGUCACCACGACAUGCUGUGCGGAUCACUUCCUGUCCAGAUCAUUGGGCUGCAGCAGGGAGAUGGAGGGAUGAGUAAGAAAAGGAGGAAGAGGAGAAGAAAGGCUCGGCCAGACGAAGGGGGAGGAAGAAAGGACGGAAGCGGGGAGGAGUUUUCAGAUGAUGACAACAUGUUUACUAUUGACCUGAGUUCUGAUGAGGAAAGAGAAGGAGAUGCUGGCAGGACACUCUACAGUGAUCAAGGUUCUGCACCCAACACACACACCAGUGCAGACUGGAACCGCCCAAAGAGUCACAUGGUUAAGGACACUCUCUCCAUCCCUCUGUCCUGCGGUCUGUCCAUCUCUUGUCCACAGCAGACCUCUCACCUCUCCUCCCACCUUAGCGACGCAGACGACUCUCAGUCUUCAACGCCCAAGAGCGACUCUGAGCUCGCCAGCCGAGCUAAAGACAACCCUGAGAUGCUGUGGACCUGGGGGGAACUGCCACAAGCUGCACAGCCGUCCUUCCUGACGUCCCAUCAGAGGCAGGAAAGUGCAGCGUCAGUCACUAUCCCAGUGUCCCCCAGCACUCACUUCAGGACCAUCAGCGACACCAGACCCCCCUCGAAAAACCUCAAUACCACCCAGCAAGGGGAGAGGCAUGCUGACAAGCAUCCUAAUGAUGGAAGCAUAGGGGAGUGUGUGAGUGGCUCAUGUGCAGAGAUGGAGGGUUUAACAACAUCCCCAAGCAUCCUUCCUGAUCAUUUAGAGGAAGGCAAGAACAGAGAAAGUCCUGUCAGAACCACAGAUUCACCUUCCAAGAGGAAAGUGUUACUAGAGAAAAGAAGCCAGCAUCUUGGCGCUGAUGGAGUCUACCUGGAUGAUAUCACCGAUCUGGAGCCUGAAGUAGCUGCUCUCUACUUCCCUAAAAGUGAUGGAGGCGGUAGCUCAAUGAAGGUGGACUCAGAGAUGAUGAUGAUGGGCGUGAGGAGUGCUAAUCAGUCGCCACAGUCAGUAAGCAGCAACGGAAUGGACAGUGGUCUGGACAGUCUGUUGGACCACAUGGGGGACCUCCCCCAUGUGGCCAUCUCGCUGUGCGGCGGCCUCAGCGACAACAAGGAAAUCACUGGAGAACAGUUCCAGGAGAGGGCAGUGACCUACCAGCAGUUCUCUGAAAACCCUUCCAUUAUUGACGAUCCCAACCUGGUAGUGAAAAUUGGCAACAAGUACUACAAUUGGAGCACAGCAGCUCCCGUCAUGUUGGCCAUGCAGGUCUACCAGAAACCAUUGCCACAGGCCUCUGUGGAGAACAUCAUGAAGGACAAGAUGCCCAAGAAAGGCGGACGCUGGUGGUUCUCCUGGAGGAGCAGGAACAGUGACUCCAAAUCGGAGUCAGCGACCGAAACAGCGGGAGAAAUCACCAUGGCGACAGCAAGCAGGAUGAAACACGAGUCGUCUUCUAGUGAUGAGGACCAUGUGUCUGUUACCUGCCAGUCCCAGUCUCUUGUUAGUUCUGCUAACAUUUGCUACAAGAAGACUCUUAGACUGACUUCCGAGCAGCUGGUGAGCUUGCAAUUGAAGGAGGGUCCAAACGAGGUGGUGUUCAGCGUAACAACUCAGUAUCAAGGCACGUGUCGCUGCAACGGCACCAUCUAUCUGUGGAACUGGGACGACAAGCUGGUCAUCUCGGACAUCGAUGGAACCAUCACUAGGUCGGACACACUGGGCCACAUCCUUCCCACUCUGGGGAAAGACUGGACCCACCAAGGCAUCGCAAGCCUCUACCACAAAGUCAGCCAAAAUGGUUAUAAGUUCAUGUACUGCUCGGCGAGGGCCAUUGGUAUGGCCGACAUGACCAGAGGCUACCUACACUGGGUCAAUGAGAGAGGAACUAUGCUUCCUAUGGGUCCGGUGCUGCUCAGUCCCAGCAGCCUUUUCUCUGCCUUGCACAGGGAGGUGAUUGAGAAGAAACCAGAGAAGUUUAAGAUUGAGUGUCUGACGGACAUCAAGCACCUUUUCUACCCAAAUACGGAACCUUUCUACGCUGCAUUUGGCAACAGAGCCACGGACGUGUAUUCCUACAAGGAGGUGGGUGUCCCUCUCCACAGGAUCUUCACUGUCAACCCAAAGGGGGAGCUGACCCAGGAGCAUGCUAAAACCAACAUCUCCUCUUUUGGCCGUCUACGCGAGAUGGUGGACCACGUCUUUCCCGUCCUCCUCCAGAAAGAAGGAGCCGACUUUAACCGUUCGGAUGCUUUUGACCAAUGUGAUUAUUGGAGCAAGCAGCAUCUUGAUGGCAGCAUACAAGAGGAAGAGAAUGACUCUCAGCUUCUUGUUGAACGAGACAAGGUGGUGAAGUAAAGACUAGUGAACCUGAAUGUUAUUUAACACGGUGCCAUUAUUAAACAGCCGCAGGAAACUCACAACACACUUCUGUAAACGAGGAAAGACAUCAGAAGAACUGCAGGAUUACCUCAGUAGACGCACAACAUAGACACAUAGUGUUUAACAAAGCAAGCACAGACUUCUGCAAUGUUCUGUGUUCUUAAUGCACACACACACACACACACACACACACACACACACACGCACACAAAGCUCAGCGAUCCUCCGAACUCAAUGGAUGACUUUCAGCAAUAUUCACUUCAUGACACCUUCAUUACCUCCAUGUUGCCCACAAACUAGCUAACACACAAACACACACCUGUGUAAAUAUAUGUAUGUAUGAAGUCGAGGUUUCUGUGGUUUAUCCGUUAUACAGUGCGGAAUAUACGUUAGUUCAGGAAAAAUACAGAGGCUAUAUC